GGACGCAGAAAACAAAAGCUCACGGAGUUCGACGAAGAUGAGGGGAGAUACAGGAAGAGCAGUUGGAGGACGAAGAGGAGACUCAGGAAGAUCACGAUUCAAGUACAGGAUCCACUUUCCACCUUCGCGUCAGAGAAAAAAAUCCUAGGGAAUUCUAAAGACAGUACCAUAAUCUUGUCCAAAAAUUCCAAAAACCAAGAGAACACCAUUCCAAAUGCUGUGAAAGGGAAGCGAAAGCGGUACAAAGGCACUAAGAUCUUUAUUUGUGACCACUGCGGCAAGAAAUUCAAGGACACCGGAAACCUCAAUAUGCACCUGUUGCGACACACUGGCGUUAAGCCUUUUGAAUGUCCAGAAUGCGGACAAAAGGAGCUCAAUAAGUACAUCCUGAAUAUUCACAUCCGGGUGAAGCACCGCGGAGAAAAGCCUUACCCCUGUAAAUAUUGCGAAGCGCAUUUCGAAAGCACCACCAAGCGAAUUCGCCACGUAAGGAGGACCCACGAAAGCAAGAGAACAAAACCUUAUAAGUGCUCUUACUGUGACAAAAGGUUCGAUCUCAAAUCUAUAAGGACGAAGCACGAGAUGGUGCACACCGGAGAACGUAACUUCCCUUGUGAAAUAUGCAACUUCUCCUUCAUCACCAAAAGAAACCGGAACCUCCACUUUCAAACAAAAAAUCACAAAAGAAAAGAGUUAGAAGCAAAAAGUAAAUCUAAAAACAAGGUGUCAUCCAAAUAAAGUAUAAAUAAUUUGUUGCCAGGUUUAUUAACAACCUUUUAAUAAACAAAAAACUUUUUAAAAAGGUGGACAAAAAAUUCAAAGAU